AUGAACUUUCUCAAGUCUGCUGUGGCAUCAGCCAUCGCACAAGGUCCUCCAUUCCCCUACAAUUUUGGCGACAAGGUCGAUAUCGACGAGUCCAUCUGGACAUUGUACAACGGUACCAAGAGAGAAGACGGAUCAAAUUGCAGCAUCUUUUCUUUCGAUAUCACUACCAAUCGAUCCCAACUCCCCCUAGCCAAGAAUGCUCUAAAGAAGCUCCGAACAUUGCGACACCCAGGCGUAAUCAAAGUCCUAGACGCCGUUGAAACGGAAACAUACAUCUACAUCGCGACCGAACGAGUGGUGCCCCUGCGAUGGGACGUUCGAAGAAAGAGUCUUAGCCCUGAGACGAUAAAAUGGGGUCUUCAUAGCGUUGCACGGACAUUGAAAUUCAUCAACGACGACGCUUCUUCUAUUCAUGGGAGCAUCAAGGUCGGAUCGAUCUAUACGUCAGAAAGUGGCGAGUGGAAAUUAGGCGGAUUCGACGUUCUCAGCAGCCUCAAGGAUGACGAAUCCAUUAUAUACACAUACGGAAGCUUGGUCCCUGAUGCUGCAAGAUACACCCCCCCUGAGUUGGCCAAGGGUGGGUGGGACGUUAUCAAGAAGAACCCCCAUACAGCAGUCGACGCAUUCAAUCUCGGAACCUUGAUAUUCGAGGUUUUCAAUGGCGAGUUUAUCGCAGCCGACCAGGCUGGCCAGACCAAGAAUGUCCCUCCUUCGAUGCAAUCUAGUUAUAAGCGCCUUUGCAACGCCAACCCAAAGGCUCGAAUCAGCGUGGGCGCUUUCCUUGACCAAGGAAACAGAAGUGGAUCUUUCUUUGAUAGCUCUCUCAUCAAGUUGACAGAAGGUAUCGAUAACCUGGAUAUCAAGACACCCGAUGAACGAGAAGAGUUUCUGGCAGGCCUGGAUGAAAUCAGCGAUGAUUUCCCAGAAGAAUUCUUCAAACUAAAGGUGAUGCCCGAGUUGAUGAAGUCGGCCGAGUUUGGCGGCGGCGGACCCAGAGCUGUCUCUGUAGUUCUAAAGAUUGCAUCCAAGCUUUCUAAGGAAGACUUUGACUCCAAAAUAACGCCUUUCAUCAUCCGCCUAUUUGGAAACCCUGAUCGAGCUAUCCGGGUGUGUUUGCUAGACAGUCUUCCUUUGAUGAUCGAACAGCUUUCGCAAAAGAUUGUCAACGACAAGAUCUUCCCACAAUUAAUUACCGGUUUCACCGACGUAACACCUGUAGUAAGGGAGCAGACUCUCAAGUCGGUGCUUGUUAUUAUCACAAAACUCUCUGACCGCACAAUCAAUGGUGACCUCCUCAAACAGCUUGCGAGAACGGCGAAUGAUGAGCAGCCUGGUAUUCGUACCAACACAACUAUUUGCUUGGGAAAGAUCGCCAAGCACCUCGGUACUUCAUCGCGGUCCAAGGUCCUUAUAGCUGCUUUCACAAGGUCACUAAGAGAUCCCUUUGUACAUGCCAGGAAUGCUUCCUUGAUGGCUUUGGGAGCCACUGCAGAGUACUUUACGGAUGAGGAUGCGGCUUGCAGAAUUUUACCUGUCAUCUCUCCUGUAUUGAUUGACAAGGAGAAAAUUAUCCGUGAUUCGGCAGUCCGUACUAUGGAGGUGUAUCUUCAGAAGAUCAAGAAAGCGGCUUCAUCCAUGCCUGACACGGUCCUGCCUCCUCCACAGGCUGCCGAUGGUGCGGCCCCAAGAAUGGGCACGCCCCAACCAAACGAAAACAGCGCGGGUGGCUGGGCAGGGUGGGCGAUUUCAUCUUUUACAAACAAGAUCUCUGCGGCUGCAGGUGAAAUUGCAGAGCCAGAAUCCCGUACUGCGUCACCAGGACCAGCUCCUUCAUCUAGCUCCGAGCCCAAGAAACCAACGACUGGUACUGCCUCGUCACUGCAUCGCCAAGCUGUGAAGUCGCCCCCAGCACCUCUAUCGCGUAACUCGUCACAUACAGCAAGUGUGGUGGCCGAUUCUUUCCUACCUGCAGAUGACGGCGAUGAUGCCGGGGAUUCUUGGGGCGACAUGAACGACGACUUUGACAGUUUCGGUACUCCUGAGCAGUCUUCAAAGCAACCCGCACCCACAACUGCAUCUGCCACUCCAUUUGAAGACGGAGAACCUGAUUUUGCUGGCUGGUUAGCUGCGCAAUCGCAAAAGAAGUCAGGUAAUGCUAAACCCUUACCAAAGGGCUUGUCAAAGUCUUCGGCGGCUAAAAAGCCUAUAACCAAGCCUGCUGCCAAGCCAGUCGUAGCAAAGAAGAUUGAUAUGAAGCCAAAGGAGGCGGAUGACGAUGAUGGUUGGGGCGAUGGCUGGUAA